UUUUAGGGGUUGGCUUAAUUUCUAAUCAAACUCUGAAGGGGUCUUUGGGCUUCAGAAAAUUUAAAACUAUGGAAUUACCUGUUCUUUCCUGGGGCCAUAUAACUGGGCAGAUUCUUUGCAUUCAAUUUGAAGUUCCUGAACCUUAGCUAAAGUUUCAUUUUCUCUCUCAGCAGUGGAAAUCUAUCUGGUCGCACAACAAAAACUAAGCAUAAACCUCAGGCAUACUGAGCUGAACAGACCUUGGCGCCAGUCCCCAAACGUUGAUGUGCAGAGUGUCCCAGAAAGUGCAGCUUCACUCUUCUCCCUUUCAUAAGCCAUGAAAGGAAGUGAAGGAAGUAUGCCAGGUUGCUCUUCAACUCCAGUACUUAAUCAAGCAUUGCCUGGCACUUCUGAAACUCUCCAGCUUCUAAAUUGAGAGUGAGCAAAGAGAGCACAGGAUGGAAACGACUUAAUCGAGAAGGCUCCCAGGACUACUCAGGAUCACGUGGCCAUUUUCAGACAGGCCCCAGAUACUCCCCAAAUGCCUGAAAGUCAGCAAGAAACCUCAUCUCAGUCCUGGUGAUUAUUUCUACGUAAUGCUUCGCAGUUUUAUCAAGGAUCCCAGUACACAUCAAUUCACUUUGUCGUAAGUGUGUCCUUCUAUACAAGCGAUCUCAGUGCACUGCAGACAGGGCCCCUCACCAUGGACCUGACUACACCUUCUCCAUUCAGGUUUUAAGUACAGAAUACGGCACCUUACUAUGGGAAAGAAAGAUCUGUUUAUGAGUUAGGAGAGCAACACGGGGCCAGCACAGAGCUACAGGUGCAGGGUCUGACUCACUUUGGUUUCCUCACCUGCAAAGGGGGAACUCAGCAUAUGUUAGAAAUUCCAGAUACACCAGGGGACGUUACCAAAAUCUUGUCUUUUUUUUCGCUGAGGGCAAGAAAUGGAUGCCCCUUGUUUUGCCGCAGCUCAAGAGAACUAGCCCGCCCCAAGUCAAAACAACCAACCUAUGAAAGCUGGAGGGCUGGGCUUUUUUUUUUAACGCCUGAAUGAGGUGAUAUCUUCAUGCUGACAGCUGAGAAGCAGGUCAGUCAGGUUCUUGGGUGCUCUAUUACACAGGCAAGAUAGUCUGGCCCCGCCCAAUUUUGCUUCUCUGGCACCCUCCUGCUCAGUGGAACAUCGGCACACUUAACCCGUUUGUUUUCUCCAAUGCACAGCAGACUUAUUCCAGCCAGGACAGCUGUGAUAUUUCAGUUCCUGGUUGUAAACACCUCCUAGACCUGAAGAUUCCCCUUAAUAACAUCAAUACCAAAGAAGGCUACAAUGUUCACCUCAGCCAAAAUUCUGUUGAUUUCAACUUUGUUUAGUUUACUACUAUUUGGAAGCCAUGGGGAAGGUCUAGAAAUUAACACAACACAAAGCAUUGCAGAAGGCUUGAAAAAAAUAGAAAAUGAAUCUGUUCCUUUUGGAACUGAAGCAAAUUUAAACUCAGAUAAAGAAUAUAGAGAAACCUCCUUUCUCAAGGCAAAUAAUUCCUCUUCUUGGGAUCCAUCAAAUAAAAUCCAUAGAACAACAGAUUCCUUCAACAAUUUAUCACCAGACAACUUUACCAGGAGCCCAAGACCCACACCCAUGUUCUCCAUCAGCCCUCCCUUGAUCCACAGCUUUGUUUCUAAAUUACCUUGGAACUCAUCUAUAGCAGAUGAAAAUCCUCUGCCAGCCUCAGCACCUGCCAGUGCUACAUCUGCCAUAUCUUCAGAAAAUGUUACUUGGUCUUCGGCCAACGAUACCAUGAAAACUCCUGACAACAGUUCCACUACAAUUAGCAUCCUCCCUUCAGCACCAAACACCAUGUCUGUGACCCCCAUGACAACGGAACCAGAUGAAUGGCUUACCCCAACCAGUGAUAGCUCGGUGGGGUUUACCCCCUAUCAAGAAACAACAACUCUACAGCCCACCUUAAAAUUCACCAAUAAUUCAAAAAUCUUUCCAAAUACACCAGACCCUCAAGAAGAGAACAGAAAUACAGGAGUGGUGUUUGGGGCCAUUUUAGGUGCUAUUCUGGGUGCCUCAUUGCUGAGUCUCGUUGGCUACUUGUUGUGUGGAAAAAAGAAAACGGAGUCAUUUUCCCAUCGGCGACUUUAUGACGACAGAAAUGAACCAGUGCUGCGAUUAGACAAUGCACCGGAACCGUAUGAUGUAAGUUUUGGGAAUUCUAGUUAUUACAACCCAACUGUGAAUGACUCAUCCUUGCCAGCAGGCCGAGAAAAUGCACGUGACAGCAUUCCUAUGGAUGACAUACCUUCACUUCGUACCUCAAUAUAAAACUAAGGGAAAAAGUCUUCAGACGACAAAUGUUCGCCUGCGUCCUGGCCUUUCCACAAACCCAUCUUCCACAAGCUGAAGCAAGAUCACUGUCAUAUAGCUUGUGCCAAGGAGAGCUGUAAAAGUGUGAGACUAGUGGCAGAAACAUAAAGAGAGG